AUGUACGGUGAUCUCGGAAAUAAGCUGGUGCAACAUGGCAAACGAACCCAAAACCUCGCACAUUUACCGGCGUACCAAGCUGAGAUAGUACGCGCUGUCACGCGCGAAGUAAGAGACCUGGAUAAAGACGUGACAGAACUACUGGAGCCUUUCCAGGGCUCCUUCGAUCCGUCCGCAGACCAAGCAACGGCAUGUACAGUGCUAGUCAACUACCUCUCGAUGCGAAGAAACAAACGGUGCCUCCUCGCCUAUCACCGAACCCGGACCGACAAGUUGGAGGAGCUUGCAUGGAGGGGAGUGGAUGUGCUCGAUUUGUCCGGGCAACAGGUGCGAAGCAAUGUAGGAUCGUCCACCGGAGUGCCCAACGGCAGCGCCGACGGCCCAACAAGCAGCCUGAGUCCGCAAGAGGAGGAAUACGUAAGACAGUAUGGUGAUCUCCUGGCUGCCUACAAGGGCCAAUGGACAGAUAUCGAUUUGACAGGCAGCUUGGAGCCGCCACGAGAUCUCUUCAUCGACGUGAGAGUCUUGAAGGAUGCGGGGGAGAUACAAACCGAGUACGGCGCCAUCAACCUGACCAAGAACAGCCAGUUCUACGUGCGGCAGGGAGACGUGGAACGACUCAUAGCACAGGGUUAUCUGCAAAAGCUCAGCUGA